AUGUCUCUCUCUGUCUAUCUGUCUACCCCCCUCUCUCUCUCUCUCUCUAAUUUAACCUAUAAUCUAUCCACGAAAUUUGGGAAAUAUUACCUUUCCUUCAAGCUUAUUUCAUAUCCAGUUCUUAGCAAUAGUAUUUCUAUCUUGUCGGCCGCUUACUCUAUCUUCGCUUUCUCCCUUCUUCUCUCGCUCUCUCCCCCACUUCCUCUUUCUCUCUCCCCCCUCCUCUUUCUCUCUCCCUCCCUUCCUCUCUCUCUCCUCCUCCCCUCCCUCCUCUCUCUCUCUCUCUCUCUCACGCACACACAGACACAUGCUCCCUUCAUUCACAUUUUAUAUGCAACUCUAUCCUUUUCACUUGAGUCCAAAAGAAAAAAACCCUCUCUCUUUCCACCUCUCAUUCUUUCUCACUUUUUUCUCUCUUUUCCACUUCUCUCUCUUUCCACCUCUCUCUUCUUUCCAGCUCUCACUCUUUCCCUUUCUUUCCUCCUCUCUCUUUCUUUUCCUCUUUCUUUCCUCUCUCUCUCUUUCCAGCUCUCACUCUUUCCACCUCUCUCUUUCCACCUCUCACUCUUUCCACCUCUUUCUUUACAUCUCUCUUUCUUUCCACCUCUCUCUCUCUCUUUCCAGCUCUCACUCUUUCCAACUCUCUCUUUCCACCUUCUCUCUGUGAAUCGGGCGUACGUCGGCUGUCUGGCGCAUAAUAUUUUUUUCUUUCCACCUCUCUCUUUCCAUCUCUGUCUUUUCACCUCUCGCUUUCCAUCUCUGUCUUUUCACCUCUCUCUUUCCAUCUCUCUCUUUUCACCUCUCUAUCUUAAAACUUCUCUAUCUUCCCACCUAUCACUUUCUACUUCUCUCUCUUUCCAUUUCUUUCUCUACUCACCUUUCUUUUUUCACUCUUCUCUUUCCACCUCUAUUUCCACAUCUGUCUCUUUUCACCUCUCUGUCUUUCACCCUCUUUGUUUUUUCACCUCUAUCUUUCAACCUCUGUCUUUCCACCUCUCUCUUUCCACUUCCCUGUCUUUCUACCUCUCUCUUUAA